UGGUAGGGUGCGAGGGAACGCACUCUGUAGGGCACAACGAGUUUUGGACCGUAUCGACAGCGACUACAGAUUGCUACAGAUGUAGAAGGCUUGGUGACCUGUACGAUUAAUUUUCUAUGGAUUUAAUAAAUUUGUGUGAUAUUUGGAAAAUCAUUUUUAUUCUAUAAAAUCUUCAUAUCUCUUUCUAUAUAUUUGAAAGAAAGGAUAAGAAGUUAACAUUUUAUUUUAGAGAAGAUCGUAGAAGCUGCAAUCCGUUAGUGUACGUCGUAGAGUUCGAACCCCGUAAUCUUAAUAAUGAGUAAGAAGACUGUGGAUUCUAGUGCUUCAUCUGAUAGCAUAAAUUCUUCUAUUAAUAAAUCCAAUAAUACAAAAAUGUUUAUUAUUCCACCAGAUGUAUUACAAAAUAUUUGUAUCACUGACUCCAAGACAAAAGGUGGAAGCAUAGUAUCUGCUUCUGUAGAAGUUAAAAAAGAGGAUGAUACUGUGAGUACUGUUAGAUCACAAGAAUACAGUGAUGAUCAGAUUUCUACAUCAGGUGAAAGCUCAAAGAAUGCAAUAAAAGUGCCUGAAACUAAUAGAAAUGAUGGAAAGGUAAUAUCCAGAAUAAAUUGCACAAAACAAGUAAAAAAUAAUCCUUAUAUUGAUACCAAAAAGCCAAAAGAUAAUAUAAAGGUAAAUAGAUCAAUAAUUAAAGUAGAAAACAAUCAAACUACCUCAAGUGAUACACCAAAGCCUCGAAGAACAGACUCAGCAUCUGAAGAAAGUAGUCCUGAAAAUUUAUUUGGUAGAUCUAAACGUAUUCGUAAACGAACUAAAUUUAGUGAUUAUGUUGUAACUUGCAAAACAGAGUUAUUUGAAAAAGAAAAUGGAGAUUUGGAUGAGAUAACAGAAGAUACUUUCGAUAAAGAACUGCAACAAAUAACUAUUUCUGACAAUUCUUCAUCGCAUACAACUAAGUUAAAUGAUUCUAAUGAUACAAAAUGUACAAAAGAAGAGCUUCAAAAUAUGCAAAAUGAAAAAUAUACUACUAAAACGAAUUCAAAUGCUUCUAACAUACCAGUUGUAACAAAAAAGUCACUGCCUUUAAAUCCCAGUAAUAAUUCUGGAAAUAAUUCUACUCUUAUAAGUAAUAAAAAUAGUUUUAGUAUAAAAGGUUUACAAAAUUCAAAAGAUGUAGCAAAUAAGGUAAAAUUAAAGAAGUCAAAAAGUACAAUGGAAUCAAAUAAUAUGAAUGAUAGUGAAGCACAUAUGGGAGCAACGAAUACCUCUAUAGUAGAACAUAAUAUUAGAGAAAAAAAUGAUACGUUUGCGAGAAAUUUAAGACCAAACAGAACAGAAAAUUUAAAGAACAAAAAUACAGGUAACAGUACAUUAAAUCAAAGUACCACAGAUCAAACUUCAAUAACUACACCAUCGGUAAGAAAAAGAGGUAGACCAAAAAGAGGUGUGCCUACCCUACAACAGACUACAAACAUUUCAGAUAUAUCAGCAGAUAAUUUAGAAACUGCAAAAAACGUAAAUAAUGUUUCUAUUACAGAGGCAGUUGUUCGUAGUAAGAGACGUAGUAACAGAUCAUAUAAUAUUUGCAAUAAUGAUGAUUUAAGUGAUGAUAGCAGUAUUGAAGAUAACAUUCCAAAUUCAAUUAUUAAUAGAAAGAAAAGUAUGUCAACAGAUACAUCUGUAAGCAGAGGUAGAGGUAGAGGUAGAGGCAGAGGCAGAGGCAGAGGUAGAGGUAAAGGAUUGUCAGACUCUUCAUUAGAUAUUGAUUAUAUACCAAAACUGAAGGGACCAGCAAUUACAGACAAAAAAAAGAAUUCGAAUAUACCAAAAGUAGAACUCCUAGUAUCUUGUGCCAAAUGUGAAGUAGAAAUAUCUAAGAAGCGAUGGAAUUCACAUAACUUGCAGAAUCAUAAUAAUAUGAGUUGGAUAAAGGGUGAUGACCCUCUGAACUUUGAAAAUGACGUGAAAUUAUUGAGAAGAGUAUUGACGGCCGCUCUUCACAAGAGAAAGGGCCAAUUAGCUUGUGAAAAAUGUGGAUCUGUAAAACGUAGUGUAGCUGGUUUUAUAUCUCAUACACAAUUUUGUGGAAAAUCUGAUGAAGAAAGACAAGCACUAAUGGUAAGUUGUCCGUUUUGUGGAGCUAUUAUGAUGCCAUCUUCAAUGGAAAUACAUGAAAGAACUCAUAGACAAGUGGAACGAAACAAAGUGAAAGAAUUACCGAAUUCCAUUGAUAAUGAAAGAAUAAAGCGCAGAGCCGCAGAAAAAGCAGUAUCAAAAAUUUUAGAAUUUACCGAACACGUCAAGGAUAAUGCACCACCUGGAAAAAAACUAAAACUUGAUUCUUCUUCACUGAAACAUUUGAUAAAACCACCAAGAAAAAGUAAAGAUAUACCAACAGUAUGGAAAGGUAUUUGGAAAAAAGAAUUAAUUUCACAAGGAGUAGCUAGUUGCCGUCAAAUAAAUUGUACUUAUAAAUGUUCUUCUUUUGAAGAAAUGUGUAAACAUUCUGCUGAAUGUAGUUUUACGCCCAAACAGUGUUAUAUGUGCAAGGCAUGCAAAUUUUCAUGUGAUUCUAAUGAAGAGAUAACAAAGCAUGUAACAACAGAACAUGCGAUGUUAGCAAGAACUGAACAGUAUUCAGAUUAUGAAGAAGAAAAUCAUAGUUCAGAUGAUAAUAAAGGAACAUCUCAUAAAAUUAAUUUUCUCAGCACGGACCAGAAGCAUCAAAUUCCUUGGAAAGAACCAUAUCAUCCUACUUUGGAAUGGUCUAUGGAAUUUGAACAGAAAAAUUAUGAACUUGAUUUGUUUACUGAUUAUACCACAAAUCAGUUUACAUUACUAAAUAAUACUGAUGCUGCUAAAUAUUUUCCGGAAUUAGAGGUGUCCAUACGAACGAAAGUAGAAAGUCCAAGUAAUGAAUCGCAUAAUAGCGAAAUUCCGUGGAAACAGUGGAAAAAAUUUGAAGGUGGUUUUGAUACAGGUGUCGCAACUUUUUUUGUUGGGGGUCCAGUAUGGGCACUAGCUUGGUUACCUAUACCAGCUCCGAUGUACUCCAAAAAUCCUUCCCAAUAUGUUGCAAUUAGUACUCACCCAACUAUGGAGAGUGAAUAUGCAAUAGGAAAGUCAUAUUGUGGAUGUAAUAUGAUACAAAUUUGGAACGUAGGACCAUUAGAUAAUGAAUCUAAUAAUGAAAAGGAAUCUCCAACUUUGUCAUAUGCAAUUACACAUAACAGUGGUACUGUAUGGUGCUUAGAAUGGUGUCCAUCUGGUUGUUACCAAGAUGAAAGUCUUAAUAAUUAUAAGAAAGAAAAUAAAAUGCAAUCUAGUCUGAAGCGCAUUGGUAUGCUUGCAGCCGCUUGUUCAGAUGGCAAUGUAUAUAUUUAUUCACUUCCCUUUCCAGAGGAACUUGAAUUCAAAAAAACUUCAGAAAACGAAUGGCCCAUAUAUUACACUGAUCCAGUAAUGACACUAGUUGUAAAUAUUUCGAUGUACGACAACGACGAUCAAAAUUGGCAAUGUACUAAAUUAUCUUGGACAAAAGAACAUGGGCAUAACACAAUUGCUGCAGGAUUUUCAAAUGGUUAUAUUGCGUUAUGGGACCUCACAUACAAGUCUCCAUUGUCAAUGCAAAAAAGACGAAAUACAUGGUUUAUAAAUGCAUUUCAAUAUUUUUAUGGACAUGGUAAUGCCGUGAGUAUGUUAGCCUUAGUUCCAUAUAAUGGAGAGAGAUUUCUAGCUUCUGGCAGUCUCGAUAAAACUUAUAAAUUUUGGGAUUUACAAAAUACAAGUAUUCCUCAAUAUUGCAUACAAAAAGGUAUUAUAUUAGAUGGUGCAUGGAUGACACAUUGGCCAUGUGCUGUUAUUAGUUUUGAUGACGCUUAUGGCUAUAAACAUACAAAUUCGUAUAUAAUUCCAUUGAGAGAACUCGAAUACAAAUUUUACCCUAUUUUAGCAACAAAUUCUCCGACGUAUACUUUGGCAGUCUCGGAUUAUGGAAAUAGCAUUACACAUGGUACAUUAGCAGGAGAAGUAUUAACGAUAUUUCCUCAUCAGAUGAUUCAGAGUAAAGAGCUCGAUAAAGCAUUACAGAAGAAAAGAAAGCUAAGUUCAUUUAUCAAGAUAGUAGAUUUUUUGAAAACAGAGAAUGGUAGUAAUAAUGAUAAUCAGGACAGUAAGAAUUCAAAAGAUUAUUACUACAUGCCAGGAACUUAUAACGAAUGCAAAGAUCGUUUUGGUGUCAUUUUUUGUGAUAAUUUGAAAGAUAUUGAAAACUGCCCUCGGAAACCAGGACUGCACCCAGAAAAAUUAACAGCAGUUCCAGUAGAAGAGUAUCCAUUUAUGUCAGUAAAUAGAAUGUCGUGGAAUCCAAAUCCAUGGAGUUAUUUGUGGUUAGCAAUUGGUUAUCAAAAUGGUUUGGUAAGAUUGUUAACUUUCAAGUAUAUGCCUGUGUCACGUGAAUUGAAAAAGUUACUACCACGACACAUUGAAUUCAUGCUGAAUAAAUCACAAAAAACAGUAAAUGAACGUUGUAUAAAACAAGAAUUGUAGUUUUUAUGUACUAUUAUAUAACUAAACAUGUUAAAUUUAUUACAGUUGCUUGUUAAUAUAUGAUAAAUUAUUUUUUAUAAUUUUGUACAUAUUAGGCUGAAAUUUUAUAACAAUUGCAAAUUAUUGUUGUGUAUAUAUUGAAGAAUAUUUAAAUGUAUUAAAAAAUCCUAGACUAGAUGAGAAGCUGAAAAUAUGUGUAUGUGUACAUUUUGCAAUUUCAAAUAUUUAAAAGAAAUGGUAUAGUCAUUAAAUUAUGUUUGCAAUUUCAAA